GUCAGAAAGAGAACAGGGAGCAGGAUUGGUUUUUGGAAAGGAUGGCUGAAAUGGAGAAGUGUCCUUCUAAAUCCAGUCAAAGGCAACAGGCCAAGUGGCUCAUGCGAGAUCAAGAAGAAAAGUCCUCCACUAUGAGUAAGAGCUAAAAGGGUAGUUUUCUCCUGGAUUGCUGCACUUUAAACAUUUAAUAGAGCCUAAUAGAACCCAACUAUCACUUUGAAAUUAAAGGCACACCUCAGUUAACAAGGUAUCUGUAACAAUGAAUUUUCUAUUUUCAAUAACUUUUAAUGGCUACUCCGCUUUCCUUUUGCUCCUCAUUGUUGGCAAUAGCGAAGGAGAAUUGUAGGUACCUGCCUACAAAACAACAAGGUAAAUGGCAGCUGUCACCAGAUUCCCUUGUGACCAGAAAAACAGAGAUAAACAGGGCAAGCAGAUAAACAAGCUUCACCAGCUCCCCAUGUAUGUUUUAAAUAUGCAGAGAUUUAAAAGUUCCACCAAAAUAGGAAUCAUAAGAAAAAUAGGAGCUGGUGAAAAAAAGCCACUAUAGGAACAUUUUAGAAGAAAGUUUCAAAUUGUCUGUAGAAGUUUCAAAAUGCUUUUGUGCAAAGCUUAUCUUGAUCUAGUUCUUUCAUAUGUUCACUUUGUUGGUUUAGAAUAAUAAUGUAGCUGAAAUAGGUUGACUUUCUCUUCUUAUUUUAUUGAUUCAGGAACCUCUGCUUAUUAUUUCCAUCUUAUUUAUGCCUUUGGUGCCAAGUUAUCUGUUAGAGAAGCCAUACCCAAGAACAACUUUGCUUGGUUGAGGCAUAUUUAUGACUGUUUAUAAGGGAGAAAACGUGACUCGAAGGGCUGCUUCAGUGGGUUGGCACCCUAUCACCAGGCAGCCCCAGAAUCCACCUUCAGGAAGGGAAAUAAGAACUGGGCCUGAGUGUAAAAGUGCAUUUCUUUCUCAUGAUGAACUCAGAAGGACAUCUGCAAGACCAUAUCAGGUGACCUUUGAGGACGUAGCUGUGUAUUUCACGGAGGAGGAGUGGGCUCUGCUAAACCCUGGCCAAAAGGCCCUUCAUUGGGAAGUGAUGCAGGAGAAUUUGGGGGUCCUCUUCUCUCUCGCCAGUGAUGGAGAAAUGGAUCAAUAUAAAGGAGAAUCAUGCCAAACAUUGCUGCAAAGAGACCACUGUAAACAGUUAAAUGAGACGGAAAGAGAAACUGAUACUAAAGGGAUGUGGAGAUCCAAACCUAUUCAGAAAGAUAUCUGUGGAACCUCAGUCCAGGAAAUAAUGCGGAAAGAAAUGGAAAGAAACAAACAUUUUUCUCUUGCAUUUGAGAGCAACUUCAGCCCUAAAGCCAGCCUUAAUCUUCACAGGAAGACUCAGCCUAGGGAGAAAUCUUUCGAAGGUGGUGAAUGUGGAAACAGCUCCAGCCUGACUUCAUUUGACAACAUUCAUAUCAGAGAGGGACCAUUUCAGUCUUUCAACUGUGGAAGCAACUUCAGGUUGAGUUCUCAACUUCUGACAGAUCUAAGAACCCAUACAGAUGGAAGAACAUUGAAAUGCUUGAUGAAUGAAAAGUCAUUCCUUUCUUACUGUUACCAAAAAGUUUGCACAGAUGGGAAACAAUCAACGUGCCUGGACUGUGGGAAAAGUUUUAUUAAGAAGAUGCAACCUACUUGUCAUCAAGCAACUCACAAUGGGGAGAAAUCAUUUAAUUGCCUGGACUGUGGACAACAAUGUAUUUGGAAGGAUCACAUCUCUUAUCGUCAAGCAAUUCAUGGUGCGGAGAAGACAUUUAAAUGUCUGGAGUGUCCAAAAGGUUUUUCCCGGAAAACAGAUCUCACUUAUCAUCAAGCAACUCACAACGGCACAAAACGAUUUCAAUGCCUGGAGUGCGGAAAAGGAUUUCUUUGGAAGGCACACUUCUCCCGCCAUCAAGCAAUUCACAAUGGCCAGAGGCCAUUUAAAUGCCUGGAGUGUGGGAAAAGUUUUAUCCGGAAGACGGACCUCACCUUCCACGAAGCAACUCACACAGGAGAGAAACCAUUUAAGUGCCUAGAGUGCGGGAAAGCGUUUAUUCGUAAGACGGAUGUAACUCGUCAUAAAAUAGCUCACGUAGCAGAGAAACCUUUUAAGUGCUUGGAGUGUGGAAAAGGAUUUAUUUGGAGGAGACACCUCAUACGUCACCAAGCCAUUCACACAGGAGAGAAACCAUUUACCUGCCAGGAGUGUGGAAAAGGUUUUAUUCAGAAAAUAGCCCUCACUCGUCAUCAAGCAGCUCAUACUGGAGAGAAACUAUUUACAUGCCAGGAGUGUGGAAAGGGGUUUGUCUGGAAGACGCACCUCACACGUCACCAAGCAACUCACACAGGAGAUAAACCAUUUACAUGCCUGGAAUGUGGGAAGAGCUUUAUUCGGAAGACACACCUCACUCGGCAUCAAGGCAUUCAUACAGGAGAGAAACCAUUCAAGUGCCUGGAGUGUGGGAAAAGUUUCAGCCAGAAGCUAAAUCUCAGCCAUCAUCAAAUAACUCACACAGGUGAGAAACCUUUUAAAUGUAUGGAGUGUGGGAAAGGUUUCAGUCGGAAGGCACAUCUUGGUCGUCAUCAUGCAACUCACACAGAGCAGAAGGAUCAAGAAGUAUAUGAAUACUGAGAAUAUUCACUCAGAGCAGACCUCUUACAUGAGAUUACAAAUUCAUGCCCAGGAGAAGCAACUUGUAUGCUUAGAGCUUGAAAAAUGUUUCACCCUUAUGACAUUCUGCCACAAGAGAGAAACCAAGAAGAGGACACAGAGAGAAAGCCUUUCAGAUUCUUGAAAUCUGGGAAUGCAUAUCAUAAGAAAUAUAUUAAGAAUUCUAGAGAGGGGGGAGACAAAUGCUUGUAACAGAAAAUGGGCUUCAGUUAGAGAGGAAUUCCUGGGUCACACUAAGAAAUGGAGGUACUGAGAAUGAAAUGAAAAGCCAGUUAAAUGCUUUCACAUACAAAGUGCAUUUUGAUGAAAGCCUUUGAUAAAAAGUGCCAGUCUAGAAAGCAUCACUUUUUGUCCUCAUUCUCUGUUUUGCUAUAUCAGUAGUUCCCAACCUGUGGUCUGUGGACCACUAGUGGUUCCCAAGAAUUAAAAUAUGGUCCACUGCCUCAGUAUUACUACACCAUUGCAAUUAAAGUGACUGGUCUCGCAAAACCCUCUUAUAGUGUUGAAGCAACGCGGGUGUCAGGAGGAGAGGCUGGCUACCCAUGAAAGAUGCGACAACAAGCCUCCUGACUGUUGUUUCUCCUCCUCGCUCCCCGAGUGGAGCCGUUCCAUGUGGCAUCUGGAAGCGGGAGCACCUUAGUGUCUUUGGUUUUAGGCCUGUUCCUGAGGUUAUUUGGGGUGCUAAUUUGACCAGGAACCACUCUCCAACAUUAGUACCAAAAGGGUUAUAAAUCAGUUUUUGGUCAACUUUAAAUUUGGUUUGGUUAUUUGGGGUGCUGAUUCAGAAAAUUGCACUGGAUAGACCACAACAACUCUAAAUGAUUAAAUAUGGUUUUCUGUGAGUGAGCAGAUGGCGACUACUGGAUGGCAUAUGUUCUGUAUCAGAAACUAGAUCUGAUGUGGUCUAUCCAGUGAAAUUUUCUGAAUCAGCACCCCAAAUAACCAAACCGAAUCUAAAGUUGACCAAAAAUUGAUUCGUAACCCUUUUGGUACUAAUGUUGGAGAGUGGUCCCUGGUCAGAAAAAGAUUGGGAACCACUGUACUACCGGUAUAUAAAUGUUGGCAGGAUUACCAUUGGGAGGAUAGGGUUUUUAAAAGAACUGGGGACACAUUGACAUUUGAUGCUGAGUUGCAGCAGUGCAUUAGUGAUAACCAAUUCUUAAUCUAAUGAGCUGGGAAAGACUAGCAUUCCCUCUAACUGAACCUAGUCUAGCUCUGUGAGCCUUCUCAUAAAAGUCAGCAGAAACAGUGUCUGCCUCCAGAAUCCCUUCCUGGGCACAAGGGAACAAAAAAUAUAGAGAAAAAAGGAAAAGUGGAGUUGCCUGCCUUGAUAACUACCCACAGUAUUUUUUUUAAAGCAUAAAUGUUUAUGUUAUGGAAAUCAUGAUAAAAAUGAAGGCUAGUGAAAGAAGGGAUAAUCUAUUUGGGGAAAGAUUUCAACCUCCUCCUUUAGGCUGAAAAUAUUUUUUUACCUGAUCUGGUUGUGUUUUCCCCCACAUUUGCAUAUUUUUAGUUUUGAAUAAAAGUUGCUGAAAGAUG